AUAGUAUACAAGAAGUCUCAUGAUCACCACCAUACCUGACGCAGGCGCAAUUCGUGCGAUUCAACAACAGAUAAAACGGCGUUAUGGUAGCGAAACAUUGCCAGUCGCUAUGCGCUUAGUCCAGUGUGUGAACUGUUUUCCUCGCAUUGACCAGUUUGCAUGUGAAACUUAAUAUCGCGUAUAGUUUAAUCUUCACAUAUGUGAAUUUACUAUGGUUAAAAAAAUAAUUAAAAAAUAGAAACAAUUGGUAAAAACACUAUUUUUGCAUGGCUAUGCGAUGGAUGAAAAGCACAUGAAUAUUUCCGUGAAUAAUGGAUGUAAGUUCAUUAAUUCCGGCGGGGCUUCAAGGCGGGCAAACAGAUGUGUGCGACAUCCAAGCAGGAUACAAUAAAUUUUCAGAAAAUUUGCGAAAAUUAACGCCACAAGCUAUACAAUGUGCCAUUUUUUGUGGCGGAUCCAGAUGCAAGUAUGAAAAUCCAAAAGCUUGGCUACCUGUCCAUAUGGCAAUACAAAACAUCUUCUCGCACUGGGUGACUGACGAUGUCCUUGCGAUGGCACGACCGAAUACCGCACAGAUAAUAAAAAAAGAUAUAAUUGCCCAAUUCCAAGGGUGGAGCAUAAAAACCAUAAUAAACCUGCAAACACCUGGCGAGCACGCGAGUUGCGGUGGCCCGCUCGAAGAGAGUGGCUUCACAUAUGAUCCUAACUUUUUUAUGAAAAAUGAUAUUUACUUUUAUAAUUUCGCCCUGAAGGAUUACGGUGAUGCCACGGUGGGGAAACUUCUGGACAUGGUCAAGGUUGUAGCCUUUGCUGUGCAAGAAGGAAGAGUGGCCAUUCACUGUCAUGCCGGUCUUGGCAGGACCGGUGUUCUGAUCGCGUGCUACCUUAUUUACAGUCUUCGUGUGAGGGCAAACGAUGCAAUAAGAUUUGUCCGUAUGAAACGUCCGUCCGCCAUACAAACGCGCGGACAAAUACUUUGCAUUCAGGAAUUUGAGCACUUUGUGCUUCCGCAAAUGAUAGUAUUUCCUUUACACAGUACAACCGGAGAUCGCAAACCGUACAAUCUUCAAAUGCACCUGAAGAAACAACAUAAUAUCCUGCAUGGAUAUGAGCAGCGCACCUUUAAACAUAUACCGAAGAUUGUUUUUGUUAUUUGCGAACGGAUACUGCAACUCUGUGAUUGUCAGGAAGAUAAUUCGCCUUCCGAAAUUGAGUAUACAAUUUCCAACGUGCCUUUUACGCAAAAGUUCAUCUGUCACGCGUUAGACAAAUUUCGUGACGGCAAGGGUAACAUGCGGCACUCCUAUUCGUGGGCGGAAUCUCUUACUGACUCAUCCUACGAAUAUUCCACUUCGACGAAAGCGUGCGGUAGUAGUCAAGGAUCGUCCCGAGGUACGUCUGAUGACAUAGGAAGAUUGAGCGAUGUAUUUUGCAUGUCACCGGAUACUCCUUCCUGCGACUCCACAUUUCCAGGUCUGGAUGACAGUUGCGUUGAUGAUGUUCUGGGCGACGGUAUUCACGAUCAAGAUUUAAUCGACAAUGAUUGUUAUAAAGAAAUUCAAUCGCAUAUUGACCUAAAAACCGUCGCCCGUGAUUACACAACGGUGACGGCCGAAGAAGCUAUCAAAGCACUGAUCAGAGAUAACGCUUCUCUUCCUGAUUCUAUAAAGAAACGUUUGCAUCAUUAUCAAAGUGAUUUGAACCAUCGAUCUACUGCUUGGCAACGAUUAGAAUUGGAAACUAAUUUAGAAGUGCUAUCGAUGCUCCUGUUCGAGUGGCUGGAAGGCCUGAAACAUCCGCUUCUUGACGUUAACUGUCUCAGUUACAUCGUCGUAUGGAGCUCAAAACCACAACGGUGCCUUGGAAAACUGUCCCUUUGCACGAGAUAUUUAUUGGAAUACCUUUUACGAUUUGUUACCCGUUUAAGACCCGUGACAGCCGAAAGCCAGAGCUUGAUCACCAAAAGACUUAUGGCGGCGCUGACGCAACAAACGAUUUGGAUUAAGAACUCGUUUUAUCCUCGAAAAAAACAUCUUCAGAAACUGCGACGCGGCACCGCCGGGAAGCUCAAUGAGUUCUUUAUUCGCCUGAUGAACCUAAUAGAGGAAGUUAACACGCAGGAGUUGGACAAGCCCCCAUGGGCGUCAAAGUGGGAAUUAUUGUCCAAGCAUUUGCGAGAUAUGGAUAUUCAGAAGAACAGCAACGAAUGAAUGCAAUAAACGUACGAUUUAGCAUUGAAACGAAUUUCUUCUAUUUGUCGCAUGAUAGAUAUAUUCUUCAUUUUUUGUGCCAUAAGGUAUGAGCAAAUAAUUUAUUUUCAUUUUACAAAAAUGGUCUUUCGCGAUAUACCAGCCGUUGUUGUUAAAAACAUGUCUUGUCUCUGUAGUAACAGCUGCAGAUAAUUACGUAAGCAGAAUAUAGCGAGAAGUUGAAGAAGGAUAAGAUUUUUGUGAUACAAUACGCAAUGCAAAGAUACGAUAGCGGACAAUAUCUUUGUUACAUGGUGCAUAUCUUAUAUUAAUAUUUUAUUGCUGCUAAAACUGUGACGACAUCGCACAUUACGUAAUCAAACACUAUUAUGCUUUUAAUCGAUUAGUGCAAUCGACUUCCAGUACUAAUACCGAUUAUAUGGACUUUUAGAUCGCUUAAUUUAAAAAUUAUGUAUUAUAAUAUAUAGAUUUAGUUUUCGAUUGUAAACAUUGUACAAUUAUAGUUAAUCUAUAAUAAUUAUUUUUACAAUAAAGCAUAGAAUGUGACUUUCAAAA